AUGCGUCUCUCUCUAGCUACCGCCGCCCUCAUCGCGGCUGUUCCCGCCCUCGCCGCUGAGGCUGCUGCCGACGGCCCUUUCGGCCAGUACAAGGCCCAAUUCCAAAAUUUCCUCGGCAAGUUCACCGGCUAUGUCGCUGACUCGCCCGUCGUCGAGGAUGGCCCUGUCCCUGCCGCCGAGGCCAAGAUUGGCGAGAUCAAAAUAUCCCAGUUGACCCUCGAGAACUGGAAGGACACCCUCUACGCCCCCGUCAAGCCGGGCUCUGAGACUCCCGAGGAGUGGUGGGUGCUCAUCACUGGUCGCAACAAGACUUGCUUUGGUCAAUGUGAAAAGGUCGAAAAGGCCUUCAACGAGACCGCCGGACGCUUCUCCAUCACCCCCAACGCUCCUCACAUGGCUAUUGUCAACUGCGAGGACGAGCGCGUGCUUUGCAACUCGUGGUCUGCUGGCGUCGGCGCCAUCUGGGCUUUUGAAAUGCUUCCCGAGCCUGCCCCCAUUGACAUUUACAAGAGACGCCUCAACAUGACCACUACCACUGCUGACGACCUCGUUACUCUCCACACCGACGGCAAGAAGUCGUUUGAGCUUCUCGACUCUUGGUUCCACCCCUUUAAUGGCAAGAUUGCUGAGCUCGGCCUUUCUCUCCCCGUCGGCUACGUCCUGUGGGCUUUCAGCCUCGUUCCCAACUGGGCUUUCAUGCUCAUUGUCUCCAUGGUUAGUCGCACCAUGAUGGGUAACCGCAUGCAGCCUCCUCAGCAGCGUCGUGCUGGUGCCGCUCCCGCUCCUGGUGCUGCCCAAUAA